CAAUAUAUUCCAGCGGUGCUGAAGAAGGUUCAGCCUCGACAUUUAGAACGUACUUAUGAGGUCAAAAAUUACGCCGAUGCGACUGAGUUUCUUAGUAUUCUCGCCCGCAAAGGGGGGAGGCUCCUACGAGGCGGUGAGCCCGAUCUCGACGGAGUCGCCAAGAUGGUUCUCAAUGAUUUCCUGCGGGGAAAGAUUCCCUGGUUUACACCUCCGCCGCAUGGGGCAGAAACCGAGGACGAGAAGAUCGAAGGGAGAGAAGGCAGGCUCGGGGAGAUGCUCGGCAAGCGGAAGAGAGACGCUGCAGAGUCAGAACCCAAGGAGUCUGAGAAUGGAGAUACGGAUCAUUCUGACAAUGCAGACUCCAGCGAAGAGGAGUUUGAAGGAUUUGAUGGCAGCGACCCUGAAGGUGGGAUAAAUGUGGACGAUGACGACGACGACGACGAUGACGACGACGACGACGACGAUGACGACGACGACGAGGAGGACGAGGACGAGGAGGAUGAGGACGAGAACGAAGAGGAAGAGGAAUUGGAGGUCGAGAACGAGGACAAGCUCUGGAGCUUCAACGAGCCCCAAACUGGCCUGCGGCAGACCUGGAUGCAGCCCGCCACGCAAGAGUGCAUGCAGGCGGGCUGCCACGUUGACAGAAUUCGGCUGGUCCUGUUGGUUGUGCCCCUGGGCCGUGAGGCUACACCGCUGUGA